UUAUAACGCCGCUCUUCUUCUCCAUUGUUUGUAUACUCUGAAAAACAUGGCAACUACAGAGCUAAAACCCUCCGCCGUUAAAAACCCUAAAAGAAAUCGAAGACCAUCACAUGGUCCGAAGAAAGAUUUGAAGAAGAAGAAGACUAAGAUUACUAAGAAGACUAAGAAGUCGAAAGCUCCCACCUUUGAUAAGACCAUUGAGAAGAGUAGAAGUAACGACCAGAAAACCGACAACGACGAAGACGAGCAACUGUAUUCGGAACCGGUAUCGGCCUCUGAGCAGCUCAACUACUUUUUGAAUCAUCUUGACUCCGCCAUUGGUAUCAAGGUUUCUUCUUUAGAGCUUGAACCCAUUAAAGAUACGUGUAUAGUUGAGUUAUCUCAAGGGUUGGAUCAAGAUGUAAGCAACUUGGGAGAACAUAUAAAGCUUUCUUGUGGGUCUUCAUGGAGAGAGACUCUUUGUGAAGGAGAGUCACUUGAAAGGAAAGUUGAACCGGGAAACCCAUCUGUUCUUGUUAUUAGUUCCUCUGCUCUGAGAUCUUUGGAACUUCUAAGGGGUUUGCAUUCAUUGACUAAGCAAUGUCCAGCAGUGAAGUUGUUCUCAAAGCAUUUGAAGGUUGAGGAACAGAGUCUGGGAAAUGAUGAUAAGUAUAUCGAUAUUUCAGAGGCGUAUGCAAUGCUGAACGAACUAUUUGCACGUCAGUCUGAUUCCAGCUCUUGUUUUUGUUUCUUAAUUUGCAUAUAAGAAGACUAUAGAAUUAGAUUCUUCUGCUUUGGUCUAAAUAUGAAACUCUCAUUUAAAAAAGAAAUGGUUUCCGAAAAUCUUUAUAUAAAUUUCUCAAGCUCAUUGUUAUAUGACUCGAAUUAUUAACUCUAGUUCAUUGUGUUGCAGGUAUCUCUGUUGAAGAAACGGGUUAAUAUUGGGAGUGGCACACCAAACAGGAUCAAAAAGCUAGUCGACAUAGAAGCUUUAGGGCUUUCGCGUUUAGAUAUGAUUGUGAUCGACAUGCACCCAGAUGUCAAGGGAUUUUCCUUAUUCACAUUGCCUCAAGUCAGAGAUGAGUUUUGGGAUUUGUAUAAAAACUGCUUCCACCAGAGAGUCCUAGAAGGAAGACUUCGUAUCUGCAUGUAUGGUCCAAAGCCUUCUCCAAACCUAAAGAAGAAGAACAAGAAAUAACUGUUUAUUAAUUGUAUCAAAUUCUUAAAAUUAAAAAACAAAUCUAAUACUAAUCUCUUUUUUCAUCUCCAAGAUUUUACAAAGAAUUCUAACAUAACCCAGGAUAUGAGAUUUCUUUGUUCGAGCUGAUUAUCCCAUAUCUUUGUAAUGUUUCACAUAAAAAAAUAAUUGGACGU